UUUCAACACCCAGCGCGCACGAAUACGUCAACAAAAGCCAAAGUGGCCCAAAGAGCAACAGCAACAGCUGGACAAACAUUUAUAAUAACCAAAUUGGAAGUAAAACGGUUUGAAAUUAAGAAAAAAUGUAAAUUCAUUGCCCACACUGACGCUAACUCAAGCAAACGCAAAAGUAAUCAAUUAAGCCAAGAGACAGAUAACGGCGCACACACACACGUACAUAAAGACACCCAGGUGAGGCCGGGAGCGUUGAAACGCAAACAUAUGGAAUGGCAAAACUUCAAUAAAAUUAGCGAUAAGAAAGCACAGGUACAGCCUUUCCCCAUCUCUCUUUCUCUCGCUGUCGCCGUCACUGCAGGCGUCGCAGUCAUUGCAGCACCAACAACAACAACAACAAGAAUAAACAACACAGGCAAAGUGGUGCAGUUUCGUCGCACUUUGUUUGCAAUUGAUAAUGGUGAUGCCAAAAUAUGAGCGCCUCAGUACAAAUGAGAGCACCAGUGCCCUAUCGGCGAGUGCCAGUGUCAGCGGCGUCGACGAUGAAGACUGCGAAGAAAUCGAACUCGGCCUAGACAGCGAACGAAAUAAAUUGCCAGCGUCAACGCAGAAUGGUAGUGCUCAUAAAGAUCGACGGGUCUUGCCGACGCAUGCCAACUUUCAGUACAUUAACAAUAGCAGCAGUAGCGGCGGGGGCAGCCACAACAACAACAAGUUGUCCGCACAGGAUCAGAAUCCGCUCGCUGAUAGUACAAUGUCGCGACAUGCGGAUGCGCGCUUCAUGCAAAUGGCGAUUGGCACACUGGUCACUGUUCUCGUCUAUUUAACGCUAUCGAUUACGCUGACGUUCUACCAAAAGGACAUAAUCAAAAAGUUAAAAUUCCCCCUCACCAUUGUUACGUAUCAUCUGAUCGUGAAAUUCAUGUUGGCCUCCAUGGUGCGCUCCCUUUACAAGCUGCGCGUGGGAAAAUCUCGUGUCCAGCUCGAUUGGCGUGUUGCAUUACGAAAAAUGGCACCCACAGGUAUUGCCAGUGGUAUUGAUAUUGGAUUCUCCAACUGGGGACUUGAGCUGGUGCCCAUAUCUCUAUAUACUAUGACCAAAUCAUCAACCAUUGUCUUCAUACUUUUGUUUGCCAUACUGCUGGGGCUGGAGCGCAAGAGCUGGUAUCUAGUAUUUGUUGUGGGUCUCAUCGCCGCUGGCCUCUUUAUGUUCACCUACAAAUCAACGCAAUUCAACGCGUUGGGCUUCUUUUUCUUGCUUUUUGCUUCGCUCAGCAGCGGUGUGCGUUGGACGUUCGCCCAAUUUAUAAUGCAAAAAUCAAAACUUGGUCUGCACAAUCCCGUCGAUAUGAUAUUUCAUAUGCAGCCGUGGAUGAUUGUAUCGUUGUUGCCCUUUUUAGUAGGCUUUGAAGGUAAGCUGCUGUAUGACGUUGUGCUGAAUCUGAAGCAUGUCUCCAACGAUGUGAUUGUUGAGACAAUAGCCAAGAUAAGCAUAGGCGCUGUGCUUGCCUUUCUUAUGGAAGUUAUGGAGUUUUUGGUGCUAUCGAAAACCUCCAGUCUGACACUCUCCAUAGCAGGCAUAUUCAAGGACAUUUGUCAGCUGGCGCUGGCUAUCGAACUGAACGAUGAUCAGCUCUCAUUUAUUAAUGUGGUGGGACUGGUUGUGUGCUUAAUUGGCAUAAUGUGCCAUCUGCUGCACAAAUACUCGACCAUGGGUAAAGCAGAUAAACAGCAGCAGGCUCUGCAAAGGGACAACGAUGAGGACGAGGAGGAGGACAUAGCCAACGAGUUUAAAUUUAACGAAGGCAAUGUUAUAGUUGGUUCGCAUGGUGCUGGUGGGGCUGGCGGCCAUUCAACGUUGACGGUACCGCUGCUGGAGCAGACCGAUUCCGAGGAGGAUUCGGGUAACGAUGCUAGCAAUAAGCAGAAUGCAUCGGAUGUUAUAUUCGACGUACUGAAGCGACGCGAUAUGCAGCGAUGAGUUGCUUUUGUUAUCACACAUACCUGCACACAUGCACACGCACACAGACGCUCUCACGCACACCUCUACAACACACACACACAUACACAUUUUUUUUAUUGUUUGCACCAACAACAACUUAUAUUUUUUCAGGCUUUCGGAUCCUGCGUUGGGUACUGCGUGAAAACCGUUUGAGAAAAAUCAAAAUAUAAUUUUGAACCAAACAUCAUCAUCGCAUUUAUAUGUAUGCAUGUGUGUGUGUGUGCGAUUGUCUGUGUAUGUGCCUCACCACCGCCACCACCACCCGCCGUUCCAGCGCUGCUUGCCCCUCAUCUUGUAAAUGUUGUAAAUUCAAACGCCUGCACUUACUUCUUCAAAAAUGUAGCCCAACUAAGAAUUUAAGCUUCACUGUAUUCGCAACUAUUUUAUGCAUUUUUAUGUAAUUGUUUGUAUUAUAAUUUUUACACACUUUACACAUUCCUCGAGUCUGUGACCCGAGUGCCAUUUGAAGUAAUGCAACAUUUAUAUGUUUAGUUAUAAGUUCUCUUCUCUUUUUGUUGUUGGUUGUGAGGCAGCAUGUGAAUUGUUAUUAUUCCUAAAAGAAAAACGCAUUGACUACUUUAUCGACAGCAUUUAAUUUAAAUGUAAAUUACCUGUCGUAUUAUAUUUAUGUAUUUAGAAACAAAAACUUCAACUUGAUGUUGAUGGGAACUGGAUGAUAUCUAAAUGUUAUCUUAUAAUUUAGUUAAUAUUGUAAACAAAAAGACAACAUGUAUUGUGAAUAAAAAAAUAUAAAACCAUUUUCAAAUCCAUUAUCGGUACAUAAAUUAAAACAAACUACUUAUAUAAAUAUGCUAUUCGAUGUAAAUUAUGUAAAUGUAUAUGUUUUUCCAAACCUCUUAAUAAACAAUUAAGUCUA